AUGGCGACAAAGUCGGUGUCGCCUGUUCCCAGUGUUUUCGCAACCUUCAUCCGCGGAGGCACCAGCAAAGCAGUUUUCUUUCACGAGAAGGACAUUCCGCCGCCUGGCGCAGCUCGUGACAGAUUUCUGGUUCGCAUUAUGGUCUCGCCAGACCCUGCCCAGAUCGACGGCAUGGGUGGUGGGCGUGUUGUCACCUCAAAGGUUGCCAUCAUUCGACCAUCCAAGCGACCCGACGCCGACAUCGAUUACACCUUUGCUCAAGUGGGUCUCGGGGAGGCAACAGUCUCGUGUGAUGCAAACUGCGGCAAUAUUUCUUCAGGUGUUGGGCCAUUCGCGAUCAACGAAGGCCUGCUCAAAAGCUCAACAUGGUGCAAUGGGAAAAGAAUUGUGAAAAUUUACAACACGGGGACGGAUGCUCUGCUGGUUGCCCAUCUUCCUGAUGAUCCCGCAACAGGACGUGCUUUGGUGAAGGGAGAUUAUGCUAUCUCCGGCUGUCAAAGCACGGGUGCGCCCAUUCUAAUGGACUUCUCCCAGACCGCCUUGCGCAGGAGGAUGCUUCCGACUGGCAAUGCAAUUGAUCGCCUCGAUGCUUCCGAGACGCUGGCAGAAGAUGAGUUCGUCAUUCAGCACCCGGCAGGACAUCUUCCAAUCUCUGUCAAGACUGAUGACUGCGAAGGCUACAGUGGUACACCGACUUUUCAAAGACUGGGCUUCAUGCGCACUGCAAGAUACAUCUUUCAGGGAAAUUUAUUCAUUCCCUCAGGUUUGGAGUAG